UCGGCAGAAAGGAACGGAAAAGAAAACAAGUUCCGUUCAGCUCGCGGUAGUCGCGGCUUCUGGUGGAAAUCGGAACAUAGUUCAAUAUCAUGGAUCCUGACAUGAUUACGAGGAUAUUCCUGGUCUAUCUCGAGUGGCUCUUACUCAGACUGACUCAUACCAAGGACCGGUUCUUCGGAUGGAGAAGUCGAAAGAGUGAGGGGGAGAAAUACGAAAAGCAAAGGAGGGGUUUUAAAAAUAAAAAUAAAGAUAAAUGAAUAAAAUAAAUGUGAGAGAGAGAGAGAGAGGAAA